AUGCGCAUCCUCUGUCUCCACGGCCGAGGUACCAGCGCCCAGAUCUUCAGAUCCCAAACCACCUCCUUCCGCUCCCGCCUCGAAGACCUCCCCAUAACCUUCGACUUUAUCGACGCCCCCUACACCACCACCGCCGCGUCGGGAAUCGACCUCUUUUACGAACCCCCCUACUACACCUUCUGGCGCAAUGACUCCCCCUCGGAUCUCUACGACGCCCGAGCCUGGCUCCUAGACCUCAUCGCCAAGAAAGGGCCCUACGACGCCGUAUUGGCUUUCUCGCAAGGCUGCAGCCUCGCAGCCUUAACCCUCCUCCUGCACGCCCAUGAAACACCACACACCCCUCCGCCUUUCAAAGCGGCCAUCUUCAUCUGCGGCGGUACCCCACUCCCCCUCCUCGAGGAACUGGGGUACGACAUCACCCCGGACAUGCGAGCCCGGGACACAGAGUCCCGCAAGAAAUUAUCCAUUCAGGCCGAUUCGGCCUCGAUCCUGGCUAAGGGCGCAGACAGAUGGAGUGGUGGUGACGAUGCUGGGGAGGUGAUUGAUGAGGACAGGAUUCGGGGUGAGAUUGAGCGAUCUGCGAAUGGUGCCGUGAAGAUCGGGGUUCCGACGGUGCAUGUGUAUGGACGGAAGGAUCCGAGGUUUGUGGCGGGCGUGCAGCUGUCAGGCGUUUGUGAGGAGACUAGCAGGAGGGUUUUUGAUCAUGGGGGCGGGCAUGAUAUUCCUCGUUCGUCGGUGGUUAGUGAUCGUUUGGCGGAGUUGGUCAGGUGGGUGCUGCAGGAGGGCAGUCUUGUUGUUUAG